GUGAACACACUUUAAUUCCGAUAAGAAACUUUUAAUACGAAAAAUUAAGUAAACUAAACUAGUUAGUCGGAAUAACGUUGAAUACAAGCGCAGUCUCCAAUCAAGUUGGCGUCCAAGUAACUAACUAAAGACGAGAGGACGGGAUACGAGCCUAGCUACCACAAUGAGUUACGACGACGGCCACUACCCAGCAGAUACAUUCCCGAAGGAUUUCGGAUAUGGGACCUACAAUCAGGAUGGUCUAGAAAUGGAGCCCAAUUCGACGGGCAGCAGCGAAACGAAGCCGCGUAUUUUACUAAUGGGACUGCGCAGAUCCGGCAAGAGUUCAAUUCAAAAGGUUGUGUUCCACAAAAUGUCGCCCAAUGAGACGCUCUUCCUCGAAUCGACGAGCAAGAUCGUCAAGGACGACAUCAACAAUUCCAGCUUUGUGCAGUUUCAAAUUUGGGACUUUCCUGGCCAAAUCGAUUUCAUUGAGCCCACCUUCGACUCGGACAUGAUCUUUGGUGGUUGCGGGGCCUUAGUGUUUGUCAUUGAUGCCAAGGAUGACUACAACGAGGCCCUAACCAAGUUCAAAAACACAGUGAUAAAGGCUUACAAAGUGAACCAGCGAAUCAAGUUCGAGGUUUUCAUACACAAAGUUGACGGAAUAAGCGAUGAUUCAAAAAUGGAAUCGCAACGUGAUAUACAUCAGCGGUCAUCAGACGAUCUAAGCGAGGCGGGUCUCAACCAGAUCCAUCUGAGCUUCCAUCUUACCUCCAUAUACGAUCACUCGAUCUUCGAGGCCUUUUCCAAGGUGGUGCAGAAACUAAUUCCCCAGCUGCCAACGCUAGAGAACCUUCUCAACAUCUUCAUACCGAACUCUGGAAUUGAGAAAGCCUUUCUCUUUGAUGUGGUUUCUAAAAUCUAUAUUGCAACGGACUCUUCACCUGUGGAUAUGCAAGCCUAUGAGCUGUGCUGCGACAUGAUCGAUGUGGUGAUUGAUCUGUCCAGUAUAUACAGCUCGGAGGAAACCGCCUUUGACAGCGGCAGCUCUAGUCUCAUAAAGCUGAAUAACAAUACGAUACUCUAUCUGCGAGAGGUGAACAAGUUCCUGGCCUUGGUCUGCAUACUGCGCGAGGAGAACUUUAAUCGGCAGGGCGUCAUUGAUUACAACUUCAUCUGCUUUCGCGACGCCAUCAGCGAGGUAUUCGAGCUGCGUCUGAAGCGGCAAAAGCAACUGGAGAACAAUGAGGACGAGGAUAUCGCCGACGAUCACACACUAAUUCGCCAUGGCAACGAUGGAGCUGUGGUGACCUGAAGGAAGUCAAUUGGCUGAUUGGAUGAGAUCCCUUCAUUUACGCUUGCUCCCACGAUGAACCCAGAACCAAUUUCUUAACAUUAAUAUUCAGUGGACACGUUGAUUCCAAUUUUUUAUGUUUCUUUACCGUUAUAUCUAGUGCUUACCUUGUUUAUUGAUACAUAUAUUUAGUCUUUUAUAAAACUUAAAAUCUGCGUAAGCCCAGCAAUU